AGUCACAAAUCUAUUAUACCCCUGUGUCAUUUCCUGAAGUACAUGUGUAGAGCUUAGACAGCUCUGCAUUAGGUGUGGUCUGUGCCAUAAACUACACUUCAGGUGAACUAUAAAACUUCGCUUAACAAACUAUCCUGUUUCAGUUGUUCUGUACACUAACAAUGGCCAGAAGACAUCUGAUGUUGUGGAUCUUCACUCUGUGUGUUUCACUCAAUCCCUCAGUUGGUCACAUUCCUGAACUUGAUGGAAAAAAGGUUUAUGAGAUUGUUCGACCAAUCAAAUUACAUGAGCUACAAAAAAGAGAUUUAAAGUCAGGAUCUGAUACACUGAAAUAUGCUAUGACACUGGGUGGUAGAGACAUUGAAAUGCAUCUUCAGAAAAAUGAUGGCAUGCUGACUAAAGACUACAGUGAGACCCACUACACUAAAGACGGGAUGCUUGUUACAACCACACCUGAAGAUCUGGACUUAUGCUAUUAUCAUGGGAAAAUAGUAAAUGACAGCGAGUCGUUGGUUAGCAUGAGCACCUGCGAUGGACUACGAGGCUAUUUCCAAACAGCAGAGCAGAGGUUUCUGAUUGAGCCGUUGUCCAAGGAUAGUGAUGGUGACCAUGCUGUCUUUAAGUAUGAAGACGCACAUGGAGACACACCGAGGGUCUGUGGAGUCACCAACACUAGUUGGGAUGAGAGUGAGGAUGGCGCUCCUCCACGCAUCCUCAAAACCCGUUCUCGUUCCUCAGGGCCAACAUUGUUCCAGCAACAAAAAUACAUUGAGUUCUUCCUUGUGGCAGACAACAGAGAAUACGUAAAUAUGGGCAGCGAUCUUGAGAAGCUGAGAAAGAGGAUAUUUGAGAUCAUCAAUUUCAUCAAUAGUGUCUAUAAAGAAAUCAAUACCUUUGUUGCUCUGACUGGAUUGGAAGUGUGGACAGACAGUGAUAAGAUAACAGUGUCCUCUGCUGCUGGAUCAACCUUAGACAGCUUUUCUAACUGGAGGAACAGUGAGCUCGUCAAAAGAAAGAAGCACGACAAUGCCCAACUUCUCAGUGGAAUUGACCUUGAUGGAGCAACUGUGGGUCUAGCUUUCAUUGGAACCCUGUGUGGAGGUCAUUCAACAGGGAUUGUGCAGGAUCACAACUCUAAUGCUCUAGCAGUGGGGGCUACUAUGGCCCAUGAGAUGGGGCACAAUCUCGGGAUGAAUCAUGACAGCAGCUCCUGCAUUUGUUCUGAGACAGAUUGUAUUAUGACAGCUGCUCUCAGCUAUUUCAUCCCUAAACACUUUAGCAGCUGCAGUACUGAUACCUAUGCGGAGUACCUGAACAACAGAAACCCGGAAUGUCUUCUAAAUAAACCCGAACCAAAAGAAUUGAUUCAGCCACCUGUGUGUGGAAAUGGAUUUGUGGAGAUAGGAGAAGAAUGUGACUGUGGAACGGUGCAAGAGUGCACAAACCCAUGCUGCAAUGCAACCACCUGCAAACUGACAGAGGGCUCACAAUGUGCAACAGGAGAAUGUUGUGAGAAGUGCAAGAUCAUGCCAACCUCACAUGUGUGUCGUCCAAAACAUGAUGACUGCGAUUUGCCUGAGUCCUGCACUGGAAAAUCAGCCGUGUGUCCUGAAGAUGUCUUUACAGUCAAUGGACUCCCUUGCAAAAAUGGGAAAGGUUAUUGCUACAAUGGCCAGUGCCCUCAGAGAGAGGAGCAGUGCAUUAAAAUGUGGGGUUCAACUGCUGAGGUGGCUGAAGACUAUUGCUACAACCAAAACACAAGAGCAGAGUACUACGCCUACUGCAAACGUAAUGGCGAUAAAUAUAUCGGAUGCCAAAGACAAGAUGUGAUGUGUGGAAAACUGUUCUGUGCACAAGGCAACGGCAGUCCCAAUUAUGGACGACUGGUAUCAUUCAAGAACUGUAAAGCCACAUUCUACGGCAAUCCUGAAGAAGAUUACGGCCAAGUCGACACUGGCACCAAAUGUGGGGAAGGGUUGGUUUGUAACCAGAAUGAGUGCGUUGACAUAGAGACGGCUUACAAAGCGACAAACUGCUCAGCCAAGUGCAAAGGCCAUGCGGUUUGUGACCACAGACUGCAGUGCAGAUGUGAAACUGGAUGGCUGCCGCCAGAUUGUGAAACAACAACCGAAAGUGAUGGUUUGUCUAAAGGUGUGACUGUUGCCAUUGUUAUGGUUUUUCUGAUUGGGAUAUUUCUAAUUGGACUGGGAGCCUUCUUUUACAAACGCAGAAAUAGCACACCACAGCCAUCUAUCCGUCCAAGGCAGCAGAAAGUUCAUGUUGUCGACAUCCCUGACUUGAGCCACCAGGGAGUGCAGAUGCCAAAUCAGAAGCCAUCUCCGGCAAAAAAACCUAGAGCACCUCCUCCACCUCCACCCUUUUCAGUCCAGUCCAGAGCUCUACAUAAUGACUUCAUAUCUGCACGUCAGGCUCUUAAACCACCUCCAAGGGUGUGAUGUCUAGCACCUGUCAAACCUCAAGAAGUUGAAACCACACUUUGGGAUGGUCAAUCACUCGAGACCCUGCAGAAAGGAUUGCAAGUGUUUGAAAAAGACUGAAUAAGCCACAUGCUUAGCAAAGUAACACACAAAAUGAAUUUUACAGCGUGUAAAAGAUUGUCUUUGAGUCACAUAAUGAAUUUUAAGUUGUUUGUUUUUAACUGGAUUUUUUUUUUUUAUUUCACAUUUAUUUAUUUGUACAGUCUUUUUCUGAGUAAAUGAGCCUGACUUGUGUAUAGUAAUGGUUUUUAUGAUUUGUCAGCAAUAAUAGCUGACGCAUUUCCAUUGAAUGUUCAAGAAAUAGCAGUGGCAUACAAGAAAUAGCUGCUUCUCUAAAGUUUAUGAGAAGCAGCUAUAAAGAUAAGCAGCGUCUAUGAGAAGCAGCGUAAAGUCAAAACUCUCAUAGACGCGAUUCUUUUCUAGUUUUUCAUAGCAAUGUCUUGAAAACAAUACUGUACUUCAUACAUACAUUUUGUUACAAUGCACUUUCAACAAAUAUUAGCAAAUCUAAAUGCUUAAAUUCUAAAGAUUACUUUAUAGUAUAGUUUUAGUUUUGUAUUUAUUAAAUCUGAUUGUACUUUAAAAUGCAAUACUAAUGUCAUGUACAUUGAAAAACAUUCAGGUGAUUAAAAAAAAAAAAAAAAAGACCAAACUUGGGGUCCACAGUAUCUCAGUUUUUAUUCAUCUUCUCAACUGAUACAUCUAUAUAAUAUCAAGAAUUUAAGGUGGCCUCACAUUACAUGUACUUGACAAAAGGACUGUUCAAUUUAAAUCCCCAUAUUGUAUUUAUAAUUAUGCUAUAAUUGUGCAUAAACAUUUCUACACAUUCCCACAGAUGUGUUUCAAGGACUUAAUUGAGUCUCUGAGCCGGUGAAGGCCUAAUACUCAACAUUUCAGCUCUUUAACACUCAAGCUGAAUGCAAACAGAAAGCUCAACAACUUCCUCUUCAUUUCUCUAGAACUUCAAAUUGCCAGUAUACUAAGACCAGCCCACACCCUGUUAAACCAUUAUAGGAAAACAGCAUAACUGAUCCCAGAUCAGCUGCUUAAUCUCAGUAAUUUCAUUGGUAUCAGUUGAAAUACAUGCAAAUAAAUGUAGCACAUUUUCCCUUUAGAGUCCACAGACAUGCAGCAUUUCCUGAAGUGUGUGUGUGUGUGUGUGUUCUGCAGGAUCAAAUCAGUGCAGUAUGUCAGAAGGUUACACUGGAAUCACAUUUAUUUCUGUUAAAAGCUGCGAGUUCAUACACCUAAAGAUGAGCACAACAUAUUUGUCAUAUUAUUAGUUUGAAUGCUUUUGGAAUGAAAAAGAUAACUUUUAAAUCAGACUCAUGUGAAGAACCGGUUCCGUAUUUAAAAAAACAAAAACAAAAAACAAAAACAACAA